AUGGCUUCACAUCAACACAAUUCACAGUUAGAAAGCCAGAGCUUCUUCGGCGAGGACACCCCAAUCGACAUUCCCUUCACUAUUUUCGAAGCGGGUGUCCACACCUAUCCAUCCUCAGGCAGAGCUGUCUUUAUCCGCGAUCAUCAUCCUCGUGUCGUGUCCGACAGGGUUGACAGGGUUGAAGCGCACCUGCGAAUCAAGCAGGGAGGGAUUGAGAGUAAGGGUGAUGAUGGGAAUCUCCUUCAGAACGACCCAGGUGACUUUCACCGUGCGAUCGUUCUCGUUCUCAAACUCAGCGGUACGGGCGAGUACGUAGAGAAUAUCCUUCGAGAUGUGGAAGAAGUCGAGGUGAAAAGUAGAUGA